GUAACUUCUAUCAUCACCGUGCGUUCCGUCCUUUAAUUUGACUUCCGGAUGCGUCAAUUCUGCAUUCUCCCACAAAUUCAACACCAUUCACCGCAUACCCGCCGCCAAUAAUGUCUCAUCUAUCUCUACAGAAGCACUGCCGACCAUGAAAAGCCAAAUCUUCUUGUACACAAUAUCGAGAGGGAAUCCCCUAGUCUAAAGCCCCACUGAGGGGUACAUGGAGGAUCAACAGCAACAAUCCCCGGACGAUGGGGUUGCAGCGGGCGCAAAGACCAAAGUAAGCCGGAGUGUCGACAACUUGAACGCAGAACAACUUGCCAAAAAGCGAGCAGCGGAUCGAAAGUCCCAGCAAAUACUUAGGGAAAAGACGAGAAGACAUAUCGAGGGCUUGGAAGCACGAGUACGUGAAUUGCAGGACCAAGAAUUAGAACUUGAAAGGGCGAGGAGACGAACUGCGGAGUUGGAAGAGGAAUUGAGAAGGCUGAGAUCAAUUAUUGCAAAUUUUCAACAACAAACUCCAUCCGGAAUACCAUUGAUAUCUUCAGCGUCACCACCGCAGUCAAACAUUGACCCGGAUUUACAGUCUUCGAGUUUACCUGCCAGUACGCUGGGAAGUCCUUCUGUUUCCGAAAUCCGAGACUAUUCUCCGCCUUUUCAUCAUGCUAUAAAGUCAGAUGGUUUAUCGUCACCUGAACUCAACAGCAUCCCCAUUCCAGCAGCCCAAGACGCCGGAAAUGUAUCAAUUCCUUCCACCCCUCCGAUCAUCAAUACAAUAGUACAACGAAGAACACCCAAACGUCCAAGAACCGUCUCAUAUCCCUCGCCUCCGAGAUCCAUCCCACGAAACCUCUCACCCGAACAACCCUUCAUCAUACCAACGUCAUUCGUCAAGCAGCCGACCGUAAAUGUCUGGGAGCUACCACUGCGAGUUAAAGAUCCUGCCACUCCAGUGGAUAAACUUCUUUGUGGAGUCAUCGAAACUCAAAAGUCUUUGGCAACUGAGGGUGCCAGUAGAGCCGUAGCCAUUGGACCGAGAUAUCCGAAUGUCAAUGUCUUGGUCGCACCACAGCUGUCGCAUCUCUCGCAUCCGGUCUCGCGAGUGUUGUGCGACCUACUCAAGCGUUUAACUUAUCGAACAUUUGUUGAUAAACUGGCUGCGCUUUUAGUGAUGUAUCCAUUGUAUCAAUGGCAAAUAAUGACCGACUACGAAUCCUUCCGCGGACUCCCACCUCACUCAAUCCCCUGUCUCGUACAACGCACCACCCCGCACCACGUCUGGAUAUGCGCUCUUGGGACCCCCAAACUAAGAGAAGCAGUAAUCGCCAAUCAGGAGAAGUACUGUUCAGAAGACUUCAUGUACUCGUUCAUCCUAAGCCUCAACUGCAACUGGACUAGAAGCAUCAACGAUGCGAUAUGCUGGGGGCGGGAUGGUGUCAGUGUCACGAAGGACUUUUGGGAUCAUUGUAAUACGAUUGAUAAUUUUUCUAUGGAUAGGCCGUUUCAGGAUAUGUAUCCGGAGUUGAGGGAUGCGAUUAGGUUUACGGAGUAUUCUGGUGAUGGAGUUGUGGAACUUGAACAGGUAAAAGAGUAAUAGGUUGGUGAAUGGGAGUUCGAAU